AUGCAGAAGACCGAGGCAGCCAAAGACCAGCCCCAAGCCGAGCAAGCUGGAAACGCAGACGACGGAACGGUCGAAGAGAAGAAAAAGAAGAAGGUUACAAAACGCAAGGACUCCGCCGCGAAGUCGCUGAGCGAAGCCGAGGCCAAGUCGGUCCAGGAGGAGAAGGCGACGAAGGAGGCCGAGGAGAAGGCCAAGCUAGAAGCCGAAGCCAAGGCCAAGCAAGAAGCCGAAGCCAAAGCAAAGGCUGAUGCUGAAGAGGCCAAGAAGAAGGAGGCCGACUCCAAGACGGCCAAGAAGGAGGAGAAGGCCAAGAAGGAGGCCGAGGAGAAGGCCAAGCUAGAAGCCGAAGCCAAGGCCAAGCAAGAAGCCGAAGCCAAAGCAAAGGCUGAUGCUGAAGAGGCCAAGAAGAAGGCGGCCGACUCCAAGACGGCCAAGAAGGAGGAGAAGGCCAAGAAGGAGGCCGAGGAGAAGGCGAAGCUAGAAGCCGAAGCCAAAGCAAAGGCUGAUGCUGAAGAGGCCAAGAAGAAGCAGGCCGACUCCAAGACGGCCAAGAAGGAGGAGAAGGCCAAGAAGGAGGCCGAGGAGAAGGCCAAGAAGGAGGCCGAGGAGAAGGCCAAGAAGAAGGAGGCCGACUCCAAGACGGCCAAGAAGGAGGAGAAGGCCAAGAAGGAGGCCGAGGAGAAGGCCAAGAAGGAGGCCGAGGAGAAGGUCAAGCAAGAAGCCGAAGCCAAAGCAAAGGCUGAUGCUGAAGAGGCCAAGAAGAAGGAGGCCGACUCCAAGACGGCCAAGAAGGAGGAGAAGGCCAAGAAGGAGGCCGAGGAGAAGGCCAAGAAGGAGGCCGAGGAGAAGGCCAAGCUAGAAGCCGAAGCCCAAGCAAAGGCUGAUGCUGAAGAGGCCAAGAAGAAGGAGGCCGACUCCAAGACGGCCAAGAAGGAGGAGAAGGCCAAGAAGGAGGCCGAGGAGAAGGCCAAGCUAGAAGCCGAAGCCAAGGCCAAGCAAGAAGCCGAAGCCAAAGCAAAGGCUGAUGCUGAAGAGGCCAAGAAGAAGGAGGCCGACUCGAAGACGGCCAAGAUGGAGGAGAAGGCCAAGAAGGAGGCCGAGGAGAAGGCCAAGCUAGAAGCCGAAGCCAAGGCCAAGCAAGAAGCCGAAGCCAAAGCAAAGGCUGAUGCUGAAGAGGCCAAGAAGAAGGAGGCCGACUCAAGACGGCCAAGAAGGAGGAGAAGGCCAAGAAGGAGGCCGAGGAGAAGGCCAAGAAGGAGGCCGAAGAGAAGGCCAAGC